GAUACAAACAGCGUCGCUGAAUCAAAGCCAAGCCAAGAUCGAACACGUUAUGUAGUUGAAUAGAUGUAGCUUCAGAAGUAUUCACUGAAAAGCGGCGGAACCCCACCCCCACCCCAUGUUCCUAGCGAGUUACAGCGAAGAGUACUAGAAGCUCCGCAGCACUCAAAGCGUACGCGUGGUAACUCAGCUUAUCAUGCCUUACCUUUCUUUGAUACUUUUUACAACUCUCUGCGAGAUUUCAAGGAUAUCUUCCAAAUUUAGCGCUAUAAAACUAGGCCAUGUUAAUUGGGGCCUAGGGCCACGAUAUUUAGUGUUGGAAUUCGUCCAACCUCUCUGGCCUGUCAAAUGUCGUGCGUAUACAUGUGCGUACAUAAUAUGCGCGUGUGUAGCUAGCUCUGUACUCUCGCAGUCAUGGAUCAGUCCAGAGAAGAUGCCCUUCGUCGUUGAAGAGAGUGGGAAAGAGAACGUCGUGCCCACCAGAGAAUCACCAUAGACAUGGCGAUACAACAACUCCAGCAGUUGACUCCUCACUGGUGGACUGUUGGCGAGGCUGCCGGGAUGCAGAGGCCGCUCUGAAAGAGAUACUGGCUCACUACUAGGGGGAUGCGAAAGAGGAAUUUGCGGAGGUGAUGCACCAGAUCUUCAUACCUGAUCACACGACGUGGACCCAGCUGGCUGGUGUCU